AAAGAAAAAUCAAGGAACUGAAUAUGUGCAAUUAUAUAAGCAGAAAGCACUGUGAAAAACAGAAUUUAAGAAAACAAACAUUGAACUUGCCUGGUGGUUCCUCACUCAGCAUUCGAGAUAUCGAAGAUGUUGAAGACAUAAGUACAGCUGUCGGUGACUUACCUGCAGUUAAUGACUUAAAUGAGGAAACUACUCGUCAGAUCUAUGGGACGUACUUCAAGGACGUACCUCGAGUUUACGACUCUGGUCUGACGAUCACAACUUAUAGAGAUGAAAUUUUAAGGCUUUUAGAAAUUAAUACUGUUGUCAUAAUCCAAGGGCCUACAGGCUGUGGCAAAACAACUCAAGUCCCUCAGUACAUUAUAGAUCAGUGUGCUGCUAAAAAUAUGUACUGCAACAUUGUUGUCACUCAGCCCCGAAAAAUCGCUGCCAUCAGCAUUGCAAGGAGGGUAUGUCAAGAGAGGAAAUGGCAACUGGGGACGAUUGUCGGUUAUCAGGUUGCCUUGGACCCAAAAGUAUCAGCAGAUACACGUUUAUCCUACGUGACGACGGGAGUGUUUUUGGAAAAGCUUGUUGCUGCCAAGAGAAUGGAUAUGUACACUCAUAUCAUUAUAGAUGAGGUUCAUGAACGAGAUCAAGAUAUUGAUUUCGCCUUGCUUUUGGUGAAGAAGUUUUUGUCUACAAACUGUGAUAAAGUGAAAGUGAUACUGAUGUCAGCAACAUUUGACUCAUCCAUGUUUGCCAAAUAUUUUAAUGAAAAUUCGAAAGGCCUUACUCCAAUCAUCGAUAUUGCUGGAAAAUCCAAAGAAGUCACAGAACAUUAUCUCCAUGAAUUGAAAACUCUGACUAAACGGAUUCCAGAAUUUGAUUAUGAUAGACCAAUGAUUGAUCCUUGUCUCUUUGAUGCUGUGGUAAACCUUAUGUAUGUCUUCGACAGAAUUGAAAAAGCUGAACAAAAUGUUGGCGAAGAACAAGACUAUGCACCUGCUAGAGGCGCAGUUUUAAUCUUUCUCCCAGGUUACGAUGAAAUUGCUGCAUUGACAAACAAGCUGAGUACAGCACGUGUCAAUAAAAACUUUUGGAUUCUUCCUCUUCAUUCAAGUAUUACCGUUGAAGAGCAGACAAAAGUGUUCAGAGAUCCUCCUCCAGAUCACAGAAAGGUUAUUUUGUCUACAAACAUCGCAGAAAGUUCUAUAACUGUUCCUGAUAUCAAAUACGUUAUUGAUUUCUGUCUUACUAAGAGCUUAGUUACUGAUCCAUUUACAAAUUAUACUUGCCUUCAGCUUGAAUGGGCAUCUAAAGCAAAUUGCAUUCAAAGAAAAGGAAGAGCUGGUCGAGUCGAUAUCGGCAAAGUGUACAGAAUGGUUCCAAAAUCAUUUUAUGAAGAUUUUGCCGAUUAUGGUAUUCCUGAAAUAAAGCGGUGUCCCUUGACUAGUACUAUUUUGCACAUCAAGAAACUUGAUCCAGGUGAACCAAAAGAAAUGUUGGCGUUUGCUUUGGAACCACCGAAUCAGCGUGAUAUAGAGACUGCUGUCCUUCAACUAAAAGAGGCUUUUGCACUGAUACCAAAUUCAAAUGGAAUUUAUGAUGGGGAUUUGACAUUUAUUGGCCGUGUGAUGGCCAAUUUGCCAUUGGACAUAAAACUGAGCAAGUUGAUUGUCUUUGGAUAUGCAUUCAAUUGCCUUGAAGAGUGUAUCAUCAUAGCUGCCAGCUUGUCCCUCCAAAGUUUUUUUGCAAGACCAUUUGAUAAAGCCCUUGAAGCUUACAAGGAACAACUUCUGUGGAGUAAAAACACAGCUAGUGACUGCUUGGCAUAUCUCUAUGCAUACAGGACGUGGAAAAGGAUGUCGGAUCAAGGCCAGUUCUUAAGACCUGGUGGGGUGUCAGAAGCAACAUGGUGCAGAAAUUCAUUUAUCCAACUCAAGAGGAUAAAAGAGGCUGAUAUGCUAAUCAAAGACAUCAAGAGCAGGCUGGAAAGAUUAAAUAUUGUAAUAAGAAAACCAGGCAAAAGCAUGACCCAUGAACAAGAAGUCUUGAUAUUGAAGAUUCUCAUUGCUGGAGCAUUUUUUCCUCAUUAUUAUCUGCAAGAGCCUCUUGAAGAGACGCAGAUCCUAAGAGAAAUUAAUGACAAUGAUCCCUACUCUACUGUUGUUCUGUCAAAUCUCCCUCCAAAUCAAGGUUUGCUGUAUGCUUGUGCUGUGAGAGACAUGCUGAGCUGCUGUAGCACUCAUUUAAAUAUUGAAUUUGAAGAAAGAAAAGCUUAUAUCAGAUUUGAGCGAAAUCAUGAAGUUCCUUCCAAUACUGUUCUUCCUGCUGUCUACUUGGCUGUUAAGAUGAGAAAACUCCAGAAAGGUCCCUCUAAGCGAGCAGGAUUUGAACUGUCUGUUUUUAGUCCAGAAGAGGCGGACAGGAAAAUGAAGCAAAUGGAAAAGCUUAUGAAUGCAUCAUCAGAAAAUUCUUUACAUUCACAUAGGUACACAGUGCAAUUGAACCCAACAUCAACUUUGAAAACAGUUCAGUUACCAAGUUUGGAUUAUGAAUGUGUACCUAUCUUCAUAUCCCACUUCAACAAUUGUAGCCAUUUUUGGGCUCGAUAUCUCAGUGGACAGAUUGGCAAUUCCUUAAGAUUUUUAGAGACAACUGUCAAUUUCAAUCAAGGAAAAAAUUUAAAACCAUUGAGCAAAAGGGCCGAAGUGAAUAUGCUAUGCCUGGCUCCCUAUUCUGAUAAUAGGAAUGGGCCCACACUGUAUUACAGAGCUCAAGUACAAGAUGUAAAGAAUAAUAUUGUUAAGGUAUUUUUUGUUGAUUAUGGUAACAUGGAGAAGGUGGAUGAAAAAGACCUGAGAGAAAUUGAUGAAAAUAUUCCUGAUUUGUUAAACACACCAGCUUUG